AUGCCCUCACAAUCUCGUUCGAUUCGGGGUUCAGUAGCGAAGCGGAGGUUAAUGAUAGACGAUGUGCCUACAACGACACAAGGUGGACUGGGCCGGUCGUUGAGUUCUGCAAGUCGAAUAACAAUACCUCGCUCGCAGAGUCCUUACAGUGGUCCCACUGCACCUAGCCAUCCAUAUGGCAUGUAUCCACAGACGACCAGAGCGUUUAGCAUAGCAAGUCGGUCGACCUUUGCGCCUGGUUCAGAAACCCCGUUCGUAUCACACGGUGGCCCUGCGCAUCCAUAUGAGCUAUACCCACAAAACACAACUCCUGAAGGAGAAGACGAAGAUAUUACAUCGAAUGGCAUACCACUUGGCUUCCCUCGUACGAAUUUCCAAUCCUCUUCAGGAGGCUCGAGGAGUGAUGUUGGAGAUAUCGUUAGUUCAGAUGGUCACAUUGAGCAAUUGCCCCCGUAUACCCGGUAUGCCGAUAACACUGUUGCAAAGGGUAACAUGGAACGCUUCAAUUCUCGAAGGUCAUUAGCUACGGCAGGUGCUUCCACCCAUACAUCGGAGGUAGCGUCACAACCGGCUCCACCAUCUGCUGCAGAUUCCACUACGUUACUACGACCCCGAGAACAAUUCAUCGAGGAAACCGAAGAUCAAAGAGCACGGAAGGAGGGGUGGAGAGGAAGUUGGAAAGAUAAGGCACAAAGGCACACGAUCGCUGGUUUGCCCUUGUGGGGUUUGCUCGCGAUCAUUGCUAUCGUAAUAUCCUCGGCCACUAUUGGUGGUAUUGUUGGAGGCGUCAUUGGCAACCGUCAAGGCGCACAAAGAGCAUAUGCUAAUGGUGCCGUCAAAACUAUAUGGCUGGACGCCAUCCCCACCACACUGGGACCUGAAGCUUCGCCUUUACCUACUGGCCAAUUUCAGAUCCCAUUCAACCAAUCUCACGAAGUCAAGGAAUGUAUACCCAACGUCGAUACUAUGGGUGCUGCAUGGGGUUGUAUGGAUAUUGCCUAUAUCGGCGUCAAUGUGUUCAAAAACGAGUCAUCAAACAGGAUGAUGGCAAGCUUCGCCGACUUCUCUGUCAAUACUCAGGACUUCAGAUAUGGCCCUCAGCCCCCCGACUUCAAUGGCACCUCAUUUCCGCUGCAGCCCAUGCAAGACAAGGAUGCCGGAGCUUGGGGCGUGGCUAUGUUCUUCUCCGUUCUGUUCGACAAAUUAGCUAUUUUGCCUGAAUCUGCACUUGUGCCACCAGCAGAAAAACGUAGUGUCGACGCUCGUGUGGUUGCCAGAAGCAUCGCGUCCUACGAUGGGACGCCUCUCAAGCCUUCCGACAAACCCUGGUUCUGUUUCUGGAACUCGACCAUCAACGAGUUCUUCGUAUACAUCAAUCAAGCCGCACCUAACGAGCCUGAGAGCACUACCACACAACAUAAACUCGAGAAAUGGACGACAAGUCAAACCUCGCUUACCACAAAAGCCACUCUCCUCGCAAGUACAACCUCAGGAGUGGCUAUGCUAGAAAAGACCAUGGCAACCUCGCCAACGCAAGCACCAACCACCUUCGCCGCUUACGGUCCUACCUAUGCUGGUGCAGCUGCAUCACCAACAACCUGGAACAAAAGAUCUUACGAAACUAGCGCCGCCAAUAUCUCGAACUAUCCAAAGUUGAUUAAGAUGGUCGAGAAACGUAGACCCUCAGAUCCGGCGGUCGAAGAUUAUGUCAAGCCCUACUGUCAGAUGAUGCAGGUGCUCGACGACUGGUCGAUAGAACCCAUCGAGACCGUACCGACAAUAUGUAUCGAGGAAGUCCUCUAUACCACGUCGUCAGCCACCGCAACAAGCAAUGCACGACGACUUCUACGAGGCAGAGACUACGACGACGAAAGAGAUGUAGUCGGCGAUCUCGAAUCGUACUGCAUCUGUGAAUGGACCAGCUACUAG